AUGAGGAUUUGCCAAAGUUUACUGUGGUGUUUCAAUCGUCAAAUAUACAGUGAAUCAAAAUUACAUAUUAAAAUCAGACUAUGGAUGACACUGACAACUGUUUGGUGCAGUAAUACUGAUGUAAUAUACGGACGGCUUAAUUCAUUCACUAUCAACAUUAGCAACUUUCAACAUUUUGACUUAUUAACUUACUACAAUUUUGUCUUAGGAUGUGACAACUUAAGUAAAAACUUUUUUUACUUAAAACAAAAUAUUGAUUUACAAUCUCAACAUUUUUCUGUAUCUGUAUCUCAAAAGUAGCGAUUUACUGUCUCAAAACAACACAUUGAUAUCUCAACAUUUAGAACAUUAUUAUCUCAAAUUGACUAUUUCAACAUCUGUGACUAGUAAGUAAAUUCUUAGUAUUCACUUGUAACAAUGUAACAAAAAAAUGAUUUAUUACCUCAUUUUCACUUUGUUUUUGAAAAUAAUGGAUUUUUGUUUCAAACUAAUGACUUACUAACUGAAAAUGACGUAUCUCAAAGAUGAUGACUUAUUAUGCGCAUUUUCCCGUCAAGUCAUUAUGACAGUGAUGGUGUUCCAUAAUCAUGCAGUCACAGAUGUGUUUGUUUUAAUUUGCAUUCGCUGAACAACAUCGUUAUAUAAGUUUUAGAGCGCGUGCAAAUGGCUUUUUGUAAAAACAACAUUUCACUGUUUGGUUUUCAAUUAAACGAACGUGGCGUUUCUCAGUGUAUUCUAUAAGCGUAUUUUGUAACGCUGGCGUUAUUUAUUUAUUAAGGUUGUUUUUUUGUUUUUUUUUCUGAUUUUCUGUCGGCCGAAGUCUGGCUCGUCUGUCUGGCAGACUGUUAAAGGCGACGCGUCGCUGUCUGCCGCCGCUCGGGGUUAGAUGGAGAGAAGAAGAAAAAGAGGAAAAUUGUUUUAAAAUGGAUGACAAACUUCGGGACAAAUAGGCAGGACAUCGUGUCCUCGGCACUGUCAACCGCUGCUCUGUCCACUGAAACGAUGCAGUCUCUGCCCAUGGAGGUGGGCAGCAGCAGCUCGGCUCCUGGCGAUACACUGGGCUCGAUGGUGGAGGUGUGUUUCCCCAGCGCUCAGGCUUCAGUGCUGGACAGCCUGAACCGGCAAAGGGAGGACGGCCAACUCUGUGACCUCUCCAUCCACGUCCAGGGACACGUUUUCAAGGCCCACCGCUGCGUCCUGGCCGCAUCCUCACCCUACUUCCAAGACCAGGUCCUACUGAAGAACAUGUCCACAGUCUCCAUCCCUGCAGUGAUGGACCCGCUGGCAUUUGAGAGCGUGCUGAGCUGCGCCUACACCGGUCAGCUGCGCAUGCUACGCGACGACAUUGUCAACUACCUCACGGUGGGAAGUGUCCUGCAGAUGUGGCACAUCGUGGACAAAUGCACGGAACUGCUGAAGGAGGGACGAGCUGCAGCUGGAGGAGGGAACAGCGGAGGAGGAGGAGGCGGAGACGCUGUGCAGGACAGGGGCAGUGUGGGAGGAGGAGAGGUGUCAGCUAACCCCGGCUGCAGCAGCAGCAGCAGCAACGGGGACGGUGUCACAGCAGGUGGUAAUGGAGCCGGUGGCGACGUUGGUGGGGGUCAGUCUCACGUCGCAGGCUCAAACGAGCCCCAGCGCGUUUCCCACACUCCCAGCCACGCGACAGUGAGUGAGAGUCAGUCUCCCAGCAGCACCAACUACUUCAGCCCCAGAGACGGCAGCAGUUUUGGGGGAGGGGGUGCGGCCACAGCUGGGGCCUCAGUGGACGGUGGCAGGGCCAGCAACACCCCCAGCUACUGCACGCCAUCAGGAGGGGAGGAGGCCUUUCUCAUUGAGGAAGAGGAGGAGGAAGUAGAGGAGGAAGAGGAGGAGGUGCUGUACAACCAGAGGAAGAGAACAAGAGGAGGAGGAAGCAGCGGGAGGAAGAAGAAAAUGAGCUCAGUGUCAGAGCAGGAAGUCGGGGUCAGUGACAGCUUUGGAGUCUCUUCUUAUCAGGACGGGGAGGAGCAGGCGUUGCCACUGCAGAACCGUCCCACCUACAGCCAGCCAAGCAUCAUGCCACGUAAACAGUGGGUGGUGGUGAAGAGCGAACGUCUGGAGGACGACGACCUCAUCGUCGUGUCCGGAGAGGAGGGUGGAGAGGACGAGGAGGACGAGGACGAGCGGGAGGUGGAGCUGGCCAGAGAGAGGGAGAGGAGUAACUUCAACAUCUCCAACGUGAGGAGCCUCUCAGGUGAACUGGGCGGCAGAGCGGAGAAUGACAUGGACUCACAGAUGGACUACUGUCAGUCUUCAGAAGACUACCUCAAAUUUGAAGGCAGUUUAAUGGACCAGACCUUAGCGCAGCACCUGCAUGACAGCGCUGCAGGUCAGAGCCAGAGUGCUAACCGUGCAGUUUCAGCGCUGCUGGGUCAGGUUCAAUCUGCAGCUUCAGCCCGAGCUCAGCUCUUUCCUCUGGACAUGCAGGGGAACCAGAUCCUCCUCUACAGUCAGGCCUCUGGACUCUCUCUGGACGCCACGGCGCCCUCUCUGGGGAUGGCAGGUGGUAUGAUCGGGGCAGCCUCUUUUAAAGGUCCCGGUCUUGAGCACGGUGCGGUCCAUCUGUCGGGCGGCCUGGGAAUUGAUGGCAUGGACAGCGGUGGGAUCGGAAGUGGCGGCAGCAGCAGCAGCGGUGGAGCUUCAGGGAAAGUGUUCAUGUGUCACUGUGGGAAGACGUUCACCCACAAGAGCAUGAGGGAUCGGCACAUUAACAUGCACCUGGAUCUGAGGCCGUUCCACUGCCCUGUCUGUGCCAAGAAGUUCAAGAUGAAGCAUCACCUGACGGAGCACAUGAAGACGCACACUGGCCUGAAGCCGUACGACUGCCUCGGCUGUGGCAAGAAGUUCAUGUGGCGCGACAGCUUCAUGAGACACCGCUCUCACUGUGAGAGGCGCAGCAGGCUGGAAGAGCGCGGUGAAGGAGGGAGCGGCGGCGAGGGAGGGAGAAGAGUGGGAGGCGGAGCUGAGGAAGGGCCGGAUUUGAUUUCCGCUCCUCACCUCCUCCUGUCUGCAGGCGAGGGAGGGCAGGGUAAUAUUCUAGCUGGAGGAGGAGGAGGGAGAGGAGGAGGAGGAGGAGGAGGAGGAGUGUCCUCGCCGCAUCUUCCACCUCAGCACAGCAGCGUCUCGGCCACAGGAAGUGGCAGCACUGCCACUCUGAGUAACAGCAUGGCUGCCGCAGGCACACUUGUCGGGGUCGUGUCUCAGAGUCCAGGUCAGGGGUCUGGGAUGUUUGGAGCUCUGGGGUUGAGUCGCAGUGUUUGCGGUGAAGACGUGUGUGAAGUCAGCGCUAACGACAGCAGCGUGACCUAAACCAAAACUUGUUUGUUAUGUCCAUCAGGCGCCUCCUGGACAGAUGACGUUCCUGGUUUCUGCUGCUGUUUAGUUUUCUUGGAAGAAAGGGUGGAACAGCUCUUAGGAAAUAAGCUUAACUGCCAACACUCGGACGCAACCUUAGCUAUUGACUUCGCUGAGACUUGCCGACAUCACCUGAUGUUCCUGUUCCACAGAAAACUUAACAAAACCUGCCUCCGAAAAGUGGCCUCACAAACAAAUGGACUUUUUUUCAGUGAGUAAGCUAUUGUUUUAAAUGUAAGUGGGUACUAAAGUUUGUUAUUUUUGUGGAAGGAUACGUACAUGUCGAGAGGAAACCAAAUACUAAAAGACGGCAGCACUUCAUGACCUCUCACCGUCUGUGGCAACAUUGUUGUCUCAGUAGAGUAGAAGAAAAGUGGCUGUUUUCUAAAAUUGCUGUGAUUUUUUUGCAGUGUCGUAAUUGUGAUUUUAUUGCUGUAAUCAGAUUUUUAAAAAAACUAGGAGAUUAGCCUCAGCCUGGUUUCCAUUAAGAUGUAUCGCAAAUUUUAUUUCAAGUUAAUUUAUGAGUGUUUCCAUGCAUCCAUCGUAAUUCAUCAGGAUGACCAGUAGGUGGCCCAGGAAGGAUGUCUUCUCUCAUCUGUUUCUGUUUUGGUUCAAAACGUCAUUCUUUAUUUCACAGAAUGUAGUUUUUCAGAUUUACCUCUUAUCAUUUCUCCAAAUUUUCCACCCUUCUUGUAAACUGUAAAAACUUUUAUGCGAUAUUUCAAGAUCUGUUUCCAUUUACAUUCCAUUCCAAUUGAAAAUGCGGAUAAAAAUUGUUUUAUUUCAAAUCAAACUCAAAGAAUGGAAUCUUGCAGAUCUGCGAUGUUGUAUCACAUGAUACUGCUGCGCUGCUUCUGCCUUAAACUCAUCGUGAUAUACACUUUGUUGUCCUCGUCGAGAGAGAAUCCUGAAAUCUGAUCCUGGAUGUUUACUCGUUCACCACCACUUCUGCUGCUCUGAACCUGCUUUCACUUUCUUACUGUGUUGUUCACAGAGUUCUCGUGCUUUGAGUAUAUUAUUCUGACUGUAAAUACUUUAUAUAUAUAUAUAUAGAUAUAUAUAUAUGUAUAUAUAUAUAUAUAUACAAAUACAAAUAGAUGUAUAUGUUAUCGGACCUUAAAAAGUGGACAAAUCAGGAGUUAAUUAUUCUGAGAAAGAGAACGUUUUUCUUAUUGUUCCACACUGAGUUUUCCCUAAAGAUUUACCCAUGAUGCAUCCCUUCCGGAAGUGUUGAGGAGUUUUUUUGUGAAACCUGCUGAUGGAUGGAUUGUCAUGACUUCCAUACCUGAAACCCGGUUUGUUCCACGCAUGUGUGAAGUGCGACUGUGAAGAAGGGAGGAGUUCAGCUGUAGCUGCAGCCACUCCGAAAACACGCCCACUGAGAAAACACACCCAGUAAGAAAACACGCCCCUUAAAUGUUAUCAUUAAAACGUAAAAUGUUAUCAUCAUAAAAACUAACCACUAAUGUUUUAGAUGAUGUCUUUUCUGUGAUCCAAUCAGCAUCAAGUGGGCGUGUCUUUCCAGGGGCCCCUGCAGUUGGACACAUUUGAUUGGACACACAUUGGCUACUUCUUUGCUUUUCAGCAGUUUUGGGGAUUUUAAAUGAAACAAUGUUAUAUUUUGUUUCAGGAGGUAUUCUUUAAAUA